AUUUUUUAUUUACUCGAGGCUAACAUAUAAGAAGGAAAGCUUGGAGCUCCUGGUUCUUUCAGAUCCUUAAAGUUAGGCGGAGCCAGUUUGCCAUCCGGGGCCGCUCAUUCAAGAGGUCAUACACCCUGGAGUGACGGAGGAGGUUCCAGGCCUGGGCGUGUGCUAAGGGCAGAGCUCCCAGAUGGGCCCCUGCCACAGGCUCGUAGCACUGCCCCGCGGGUGACAGCUGUGUGGGGUGCUCAGGUGCAGAGACCAUCGGGUGCUCCUUUGAGAGAAGGAUCUGGAAACUAGUGCUUGCUCUCAACAGCAGAUCAAGGUGGGACCCAGCAGCGGGAUCCAGGAUCAAGUUGGGAAUAACUGCGACAUCUUAUCAGUUCCAUUAAUUAAACAUCCAAAAUUGGACUGUUCUCUCAAAAGGAAUGGGAACAGGCUCAAAUUAAGGAAGGGAUUUAUCCAGGGAGCAUGAGUUCAGGCUCUUGUGUGGCGCCCGGAUCUCUGGCAGGUGCUAGCAGGUCAACGCUCUUCUCCACAUGUAAUGAAUCUUACUAAAGACUUGAGUGACUCCUACUUCGAUGGUUUCUGCCUCUCCAGACUCCACCUGCCUUGAGUCCCAGUCGUCUUGGUCCAGGGUCUUCAGGGCUUUGCCCAGAGGCCGGAACCUAGGAAGCCAGGAGGGCACCUGGGGAGCCAAGAGACCUAAGGAUUUCGUUGGCAGAAACGUAUCCCAACCAGGAGCAGGGGGCAUGGACCACAGUGAGGGGGUCAUCCAAGCCCCAGCCGAUACCACGGUGCCUCAGGAACUGCUGGAAGAAAUGCUUUGGUUUUUUCGCGUGGAAGAUGCAUCUCCUUGGAAUUAUUCCAUCUUUGCCCUGGUGGGUGUGGUGGGCGUGAUAAGCUUCGUCCUCCUGGGAAGGAGCAUCCAGGCAAACAGAAAUAAAAAACUCCUGGGGAAAAACAAACCAGAACUCCAAGACUUGGCUGAGGCUGAAACCAGAGAUGACAAUAACCUGAACAUCCUAAGAGAGACUUUGCUCUCAGAAAAGCACAAUUUAGCCCAGGUGGCAAUUGAGUUAAAAGAGGCAGAUGCGCCACUGGCUCUCCUUCCAGACCCACAAGAAUCGGAGACCUAGUAAGAGUUCAGAGCCCUGCCCCAUGUUGCCAGCAGAUAAGAUGAACGAACUGCAAUCAAACUAAUAUUCUGUUAUGGGGGGAAAAAACACUUUUUAUUAAAAGGUUUCUGGAA